AUGGUGCUCCUAAUAUCCACCUAUGUAUCACCCACCAUCUUCUCCUUUAUAUUCCCUUUUGAGGCGACCCGCCGCGACAGCCGUGCGCACAGCCGGAAGGCCUGCAACCGGAAACAGCUCGCGGCCUCCGAUCGCCCUACGCGAUCCAUCUCCCUGAUCCAUGCAUUAACCCCGCCAGCGCGAUCGAGCCAGCUCAAAAAUCUUUUAACUUUGCACAACCCACCUGCCGGCUACUUGCUUCGCAACGUCGUGAUGGCCGCCCUAAAAAGCUCGAGGACGCAGUUGACGAUGCUGCCGAACGAGGGCUUCCAGAAGCUGCUGCACGACCUCUUUUGCUUGUGGCAUGAUGUGCGGCGUCACUACGACCCGCCGCUUACUGACAGCGAAGAGGAGAAGAAAGCCAAGAUCAAAGCUAUGAUUUGCCGCCUUCUUUCUGAGAUCGAUGGUCGCGUGCAACGGAUUAAGACCAAUAUGAAUGCACAGCCGAGGGACCAAGCCUUCUACGAAGAAUGGACGAUGUUAACCUGGAACGUCCUCUGCAUUACCUCUCGGUUGCAGAACAGUCUCCAGGCUAUGGUUACUACGGCGGACGAUCGCGCGAUUCUGGAUCGCCUGAACCAAGCGCUCGUUGAGCUGGUCAACUAUGCCAGGCAAGCGCUGCACCUGCUGAAAGACACGAUGGACAAUACGAUGGUCCAGCUCCAUCAGUUGUACAGAUUGAUGAACACAACACAAUUCGUUGGCCCCGCCGACCUCGAGCAGUUCCACCGCGAGCUCACUGGAUUCCAGGAAGGAUCGCUGAACCCGUGCAUCGAAAUGUUCAAGAAAUACUGCAAUCGCAACUGCGAGCGGCUCUGGCGAGACGUGCGGGCCGCGCAAGUGAUGCGAAUGCGAGACCAAGUUGACCCGGAGAACGAUUCGAUCAACGAGCUCGUCGCCUUCUACUCGAACAUGAUGUUCAUCCUCGCCAUCCUUGGCGCCCGACUACAGGGUUUCCGCUACGAUUUGACAAUCUCGAAGAAGAUGUACGGAUCGUUUGACCCGGUUCAACCGCUCUCCGAAGCCGUUUUUGCUGCUUUGGAUCUGCUGAUGAGCGACUGUGUGCUUGCCACUGAGCCUUCCACAAAUGCCAUCCUCGUCACCAACAACUUGUUCAGCAUGAACGUCGGCGCCUUGGCACGCGGUGUUGUCUUCAAGGACUUUGAAAUUCAGGUCGUCUCCGAAGAAAUUGCCGAGAUCAUCCAGAACGAAAUGAGACGGGCUCGGUUGCUGCAGGGCGCCCCGAACAUCGGCAUCCCUGCGUCGGCGGCUCUUCUUGCGAUGAAGCCGACUUCGGGCACCAAACGACACCAAUCGAAUUCCGGCCUCAACGACCAGCCGAACAACACGGCCCACAAGAAAAGUGACGUCAACAGCAAGGAGAACGUCACCAUCUACCCCAUCUACAAUGCGAAAAACAGAUACUGGGCAGCGUCGUAUCCCCAUUUGCUGUGCACCACCCGGCAAAAGGGGAAGGCGUCGUCGAAUCAUAAUUCGUAUCAGGACCUGUCUCCCAGCGGCGUCUAUGAGAAGACCUCAAACGGGAAACGGCCACUCUUCUAUUUCCACAUCAAAGCCACGCUAUUCUCACCAUCCGGUCGCUUCUCCACCGCUCACACCCUUUCCCUGCCGUUCACCAUCGCCACGCGCAGGAAUCAGGAUUGCCAAGUGCAACGGAUGAUGUCCUCCUAUACGGCGACCAUCUUCUGGCUAUACGGGUGCCACUUACAGGAUGGACUGCUUUUACAGUGGUCGGAUCAGGGCAUGCUAUGGGGAAAAUUCGUACAACUCUACAAACAACACUUCAAAACGAAUGCCGGCGUCAACCGGGGGCUCAUCGACCAAGAUUUCGAGCUGCUCCAAUACAAAUUGCAAUGCCAGGACUGCCAGAGCGGCGACUCGAGCGCCAGAAUCAAUGGCGCACAGCAAAUCGUGACCUUCAAGAACAUUCUGUGCCCCCAUCUGCGAUACGAGUGCGGCUCGACGAACGUGCGGUUCUCGGUAUGGCGCGGAAUGUUGGAGCUGCUCCAGAUUUUCCACGAUGGCCGCAACAACGUGCGAAAUUUGUGGGAAAUGGGCUUCUUGCUCGGCUUUCUUGAAUUCGACCAGGUUGACCAGCUACUCGAAAAGCGCCAGUCCACGCUUAUCAUGCGCUUAUCGUUCGUGACUGGAGGCACCAUCUGCUUCACGCUCAAAUCCAAUGCCCAUGCUGUCGACGCGGGCGUGAUGAAACCCAUCCACCUGGAGCCGUUGGAUUUAAAAAAGCUGCAAGCGAAAUGUCUGAUGGACUAUCUACGAGACAUUGCCGAUGCUGAGAAAGUGAAAUACAUCAUGAACUCACAACUCGAACUGGUGCGCAUCACCGACGUGCUGCGCCUGAUGAAAGAGAAAAAGGGGAAUUCGCAAGCCCCGGACAACGGCGAGGACAGUCGACAAAUCUCGAGCAACGUCACCCAUUCCGGGGAUCUGGACGCGAUGCAGAACAUCAGGUUUACGGCGAUGCGUAUUGCUGUCGUUACUUGUAAGGUGAAGCCGCCCUCUGCUGACCUUAUGCUGCAUGAGGUGGAAAACGAGCGGCCAAACCUUGCCGGCCGCCUGUCCGCCCUGCUGUCGCCGCACGACGACUUUGCCCGCGAGCUUGUCCAGCUGUGUAAUUUCCACGGCAAGGGCAAGCAGGAGGCGAUGAACAUCCUGGACUCGGUGGCUGACCAAUAUUUCUCACCACACAACCCGUCGGCCCCCAGCUCCAUCGGCACGCCCUACACUUCUUAUACGAGAGGCUCAACCCCGAUGAUGGAGUCACCACAUACAAACGGUAUCCUCCAUUCCUUCGAAGAUAUGGACCACACGGGCUUCAAAUACGACCACGGCAGCUAUUCA